GACAACAACUACUGUUGAUAUUAUCAAACUUGUUGUUCUCUACCUUUAACAUACACUUGCAACUCGAGGCAAUUCUAUACUCAAGGAGUAUUCACAAUGCCUGGCAUUGUCGUUUCUUUUCUUCAUCACUGUCUUGCUAAAUUCGUCACUAACAAGUCUGAACCAAUUCAGGAUCGAGCAGUGGUAAAUAUGGACAACGAAUCCAAUCCCAGCCCGGACGAUGACAAUCCAAAUGUCAAAAUCGAUAAAAAUCAACAAAAUCUCAAUGAAAGCAUCUUCGGCCUUCCUAAAAUGUUCAACAGCGCAAACUUCGCUAAGGCUAGUAUUCUUUCCAAAGAUGCCGAAAGUGCCAUGGCAAGCUCAGUUACGGGCUAUACGAACAUUUUCUCUGAUAUCCCUAGCAGCACCAACAAUAGCCCCGUCUCUGCUCACACUAGUACAUUCUCAAAUAGUUCAAGUGUUAUUGUGACCAGUCCAGUUUCUGCUUCAACUAGCAUAUUUGGAAGUGUUUCGAAUACUCAUUCAACUAAUCCUGUCUCUGCUCAGACUAGCAUCUUUGGAGACGUUCCAAGCAGCAAGUUGACCAUACCAACCUCAGCACAAGCCAGUACUUUUUACGAUGCAACAAAUAGCACCAUCGAGACUUCGAACCCUAUCCAGCCCAUCGUUCCAAGCUCUGAAGUUGAUCUACCAGCAUCUGACUCCGAACUUGAGCGAAACCCUGGCGUCGAUCCAGAUGCUAGCCUCAAUGACAACUCAGAUGUCGAAACGAAUAGUAACACCAGCUCCCGCUCCAUCAGUUCCUCCCCAGAAGCCCCCGACUUCAACGCCCCUGCUGCUCCAGCCCCAGAAACUUUCUCUCUCCCCUCGCACCGCUCCUCACCAUCCAUGCGAUGCAAUAUGCCUCGUAAUUUCCAAGAACUGAGUAUCAUGUUCAACAGCACCAAACGCACUGCCGCUAUCAAAGGACAAGCGCAACGAAUUGGAAUAGCUGGCGCUGAUAGAGACGAUAGCGGAACCUAUGAUCCGAGCUUAGAACGGAAAAGGAAUACAAGGAAUACGAGAGCGACGACUAAGAAGAAUAAGGAGAAUGGAGGAGAAACUCCAAAGAGCGUGGGUGCGGGCAAUGAGAGAAAGAUAAAGGAGCAAGGGCCAUUUGAGCUGAUGGUUACUAUCAAACUGACUAGUGAGAGAGGAUUGGCGUAUUUGAGAAAAAUCAUACCGGGUCCCGAAGAUGACGAGAGGAAUUUUCCACUGAUUGAUGAAGCGGAUGAUGAAGAUUCUGUUGAUGAUAAUGAAGAAGAAGAAGAAGACGACGAUGAAGAGAUUGUGAUUGAAUAUCCGAUUCAUUCUACAAGGAGGAAGAAAAUUAAAACUUCACAUAACCGAAGAUCUGACGGUCUAACCCUCUCCGAUUUAAACAACCGUCACCCCCAACGUCGCGGCUGCAAAAGCUGUUUCGAAGCCGGCAAUGACGAAUGCUCUCUCAUAGAAUAUAGUCACGAAUGGCCCUGUGAGAGUUGCGAAGAUGCAGGUAUCGAUUGCGAACUCAUCAUCCCGCCCGAACUAAAACUUUCUUGUAUUCGCUGCAAGGAAAAGCUGCGAAAACGAUGUUCCUAUGCAGAUGAUGGCGGGAAAGAUGUUGAUUCUUGCAAAGCUUGCGAGGAAGCUGAUGCGAAAUGUAUUGCUGGUCCUAAAGCUGGUUCGGGACCUUCGACGGGGAUGACGGAUGUUCUUGAUACUAUUGGGGCUAAGAAAAAGGGAGGUUCAAGUACUAAAAAAGAGAUUGCGAACAAAUUGUUGGCGACAGCUAUAGCUACAGUCACCAAUGUUGCGAAACCGAAAGCCGCGCCCAGAAAAUAUGUUUCUUGCAAUCGAUGCAGACUCGAAUUCAAGGCCAAAUGUACGCUGAAGCGCGAUGAAGAAGGACCAUGCAGUCGCUGUAUCAAAGCGAAAGUACCUUGUACUUUCACAAUGCUACCACACUCAAUCCCCGCACCUUCCAAUAAAGGAAAGGGCAAAGCGAGUACAAAAGGAACCGGACCAGUUCUCAGAACUCCUCAAGAUCUUACUCAAACCAUCAUUCUCGAAUCAACUAGACUCAAUGAUCGAGAGUGGCGCACUACAGAUCCUCAUUCUCGGCGCACUAAAGCGCAACAAAAAGCCUAUGAGAGAGCUAUAUCUUCUUCUUCACCCGAUGAGCAAUUCUUAAUCACUAACUCCAUCAACGAACACAAUUCCCUCGGUAGACUACCUUCGUACGACCUCAAAUACUCCACACAAGCUACAAAUCAGCUCAUUCCUCCAACCUUCGCCCUCCACCACAAAGGUAUCCGCACCAUAAUUAUUCCCACUUCCUUUGCGCACCCCCUCAUAUUCAAUUACAAGCGCGACCCAAUGGCUCUCUAUCCCCCUUGUGAUUUCCACUCCACACCUUUCUUCGGACUCUUUGGUUACGGCAUCCGCCACGUCACUGUUGUUCCCUGGCCUUCCAUUACCGGAGCUGGCUACGAAGAGCUCGAAAACGGGUGGGGAGAUAGUGGUGCCGGCCAUGAAGCCACAAGAAUGUGUGUAAAAUGUACAUACGAGCGAGUUAAAAUUCUCGGGUGCAUAGAGCAUAAAUUAAGACCAUUAGAAGGACUGGAUGAACGAAUGAGAGAUGAUAGGUUAGUGAGAGAUAGUGUGAAGGCAUGUGAGGAAGGAAUGAUGCAGGGGAAAUGGAUGAAAGGUAGUGGGGAGACGCCGGAGCGGGGAAGUCGGGCGGACUUGGUUUGGAGAGCGAAAUGGUGUGCGGUCUGUCCGAGACCUGGGGAUUGGAUUUGUAAACCUGGAGAUACGUGUGAUGGACGGAGGAGUCUGUCGCAUUCUACACAAGGCAGUCAAUCACAUGUAAAAGGCUGUGGUUUGAUUCUUUGUGAUACGUGCUAUGAACUCCAUGGGAAGGUUCAAAAGGGAGGGAAAAAGGGGGGGAGGAUUGUUCUGGGCAGGGUCAUUCAGUUGGCGAGGAGUCCGAGUAGAAGAGAGGAAUAUCCGGAUGGAGUGAGGGCUGAUGCGUUGUUUUUGAGAGAAGAUGGGGAGCUGUUCAUUAGGACGCUCAGGGGGGGUUGCGCGGGAGACAAAGUAGAAGUCAACGGUAGCGAAAGCAGUUUUACAGCGAGUGAGGAGAUGAAUGAAGAUAUCAAGGACGAAGAAAAAAUGGUGAGAAUGUCGGGUGGAGUGCCGAAAACGGCUGCGACUCAAACUAACAGGGUACACGAGUCGUUCACCGGCGAUUUCACUGGUGAUGGAGUGGCUAGUGGGAGAUGGAAGGGGAAGGGAGUAGAUAGAAGAUAUCGUCGGGCGAUAGGAGCGAACGAUAUGAUGAGAAGUAUUGGGAGGGAAAUUAUUGAGUUGAGCGACUAGACAUGUGAAGCUUGACCGAGCUUUGUCUAUCUAACGCCCAAAAUCUUUCAAUAUCUAUGCUUCUUAUUCUACACAUCAAAAAGCUCUUUCAGUAUUAUCUUGGGGAUACUUGGAGUUUUGGAAAUUUGGCAAUUGGUACUUAGAUUUCUCUUGACAAAAAAAAAAGAAUAUAGAGCGACAAAGUAUCUACUCUGGGUAGAAAAGAAGUAUUGGCAUAAGAGACGCUAGGAAAUACGAGGGGUAGAAGGGACGGAAGGGUUGAUCUGCAUACAUCGAAUGAUGAGGAAUCUGCGGACAUAUGAUUAUCUUUAUCUUUCCAAAUCAAAUCAAAUAUUUAUACCAAACCACUCCGCUGUGUGAUCUAAAUUAUCGUUGAGCUAUCAAGUUGAUUUUUGUAUUCGGCCAGUACAACUGAACACCGACAAGUAUCUUAUGUAAACUUAGGAAGCGAUAUGAAGUCAUGUUAAACGCGAGGAAGACUAAAUGAAUGUCCGAUUCAUGAAGCAUUAGACUGGGAAUCAAGCGAGUUAACUGUCUUUAAAAUCAGUCAAAUAUACCAAAAACACAGAACCAAAUUCUCUCCCUCCAUAGAACAGAACACAAGCAAAAUACAACACAACAACCCGAAUAGAACA